AUGAGCCAAGCGGUGAGCUCAUGCGGCCUAGACCCCCCGCACGUGAGCGCCAAGUCUCUUAUUAAGCCGAUUUAUCCCGCACGAGCGCUGAGAUCUCCCCCUGAAAUCAAGGAACCGGAUAUGCUUAUUCCACUUACAAGAGCUAAAGAGUAUCCCACAACUCAUAUACAUGGUUAUACAUAUGUUAUUGCUUCCAAAGGACGAACACAGGUUGAAAUGGAACAUCUUCCAGAUACUAUUCAAUAUGCAAAACGACAGCCUUUUGGACGAAAAAGACCUGUUUACUGCCCAUUUCUUGGAUUUCAAGUUAAGAAAUGGACAUGGAAAUGCUCUGGGAUUUAUGCAUGUGAAUUCCUGAGCCCAUUUCUCCAGUCCUAUCAUCAUACAUCUGUUGAUGAAGGUACUUGGCAAGAAAUUCAAAAGUCUCAGAAAGAUGUCCAGAUCUUAGAGUCUGAUAUCAGAAAGCGCAAUGCAUAUAGUUAUUAUCGGUCAAAGGCUUCUUUCUUUAAGAAGGGCCAUGCCUGUAUUGAUCAACUUCCAACAUGCAAAGCGGUUUUUAAAAGAUAUAACCAGAUGGAUGUUCAUGGAGAAUACGCCCCAUUCAUUGGCUGUAUAAAUGGAUCAUAUGGAGGUUUAACUAAACAUCAUAUGGGGCAAAUUCAAGGACAUACAGCCAUAGACUUGCAGUUUCUUGAAGAUCUUUUUAAUAAAGAGAUCUUGCCAGCUACUGAAGAAUGUGGUGUUUUUGAACCUCUCUCAAGCCGCCGAAAGUACUGCGAUCGAGAUCAUCCUCAGGGGUCUGGUCGGUUGAAGCACACCCCUUGUGAUGUUAUUUUCAAUGCUCUAGUACCCACAAAUAUAGAGCAAUGUCCAUAUAUAAUAUUUACUUCACAUGGGGUUCAUAAACAUCCACCACCACCACCAAGCAAGGCACCUGAAAGGAUUCUAGGGGGUGUGAAAAGGAUUAUUGAACAAAUUCGGGAUCCUAAUUUAACAACAGCUCAAUUUCUUCGAAAUCCACAACUUGAAGAAUUCUGUCGGCAGUACAAUGCUUCUACAUUAGCAGAGAUUCACUCUAGCUUUUGUAAUAAAGAUCGAAUUGCAGCAAUAAUUCAAAAGCAGCGUCUUAUUUCAUAUCCUAAUGGACAGGAUAUUAAUGGCCUUAUUUUCCUUCAAAAUACUGACCGGCAUUUAAAAGAUUAUAUCCAAGAAUAUUAUCAUGAUCCCCAGGGUAUUAUGGUUCUAUGUGCUUUUAGAGAGCAAAUUCAACUUCUUUCACGUCUCUCAUCUUUUGAGAUUGAUAUGUCUUAUAAACGAAUACGGUCAAAAGAUAUUAAUGAGGUGCUUUUUGCUACAUUCCUGCCAGACCAAUGCAAAAUUAUUACUUUACUGCGAGUCUUUACCAGUACUGAUUCUACUGAGGGGUAUUAUUUACUUUUCAAGCGAGUUUUUGACCUAGUCCAGAGGGUCUCCUCUCAGCCAGUUCUUUUUGAUUCCAUCCAUGGGUCUGGAAUCCAUGGUAUUAUUGUCGAUAUGGAUUCGAAACAAUAUACUGGACUUGGUCAAUAUCUUUCUGAAAUUGAUCCUCAACACCAAGACAUUAUAUGGCAUUUACAGCGUAUCAUUGUCUUCUGCAGGGUUCAUUUCCAACGGUCAAUCUUGAAAGCUAUUGGAACCAAUAACCAAGGCUCUCCCCUUUGGAGCCGCAUGAUGAGUCUUUUAGACUGCAGAUCAGAGGAUGAUUAUGAUAGAUUAUUAGAUCUUCUGAUAACAUAUGAGAAUGCUAAUGUCCAGAAUUGGGCGGUUCAAAAGAAAGGCAAAGUAAUCAAAGCUGGGUUGAAUAAAGCAUGCUCUAAAAUCCAACCUCAUUACUUUGAUGUGCUGCGAAAUCAUACAAAUGCUGUUGAGCAGUCCCAUCAGAAAUCAUAUGCAUCUGGCAAGUAUCUAACUUUGGUACAGGCAGUUAAGAAUUCUGCGAAGCUAGAUAGGGAUGAUAUUGUGCAGUACAAUAACUUUCAGGACUUCAAUAUUCAUCAUUCAUACCGAACUUCUAAUAUGGAAGCUAACUACCUUCGGCAUAUGAGUCGGGAAAGGAGCCGAAAGCGCCGCAGGUCUGCCUUAUCUAUUUCAUCUGAAAUUGAAUCAGGCUCAUCAGCUUCACCCUUACUGCCAGGAAAUACAAGGUCAAGGUCACAAACCUCCUCAAGAAAUGGUGAUAAUGAGUCAAUGAGAUCAAGUGAUCUUCGACGUACUAUUUCAACAAAUGUCUUAAAUCUUGAACAGAGACGUCAAGUGAUUGAGCUAGAGAAUCUUGAAAUAGAGCUUCAACAAAAGAAAGCUAAUCUCAAAAAGCAAGAGGAGGAUAUUCGCCUGCAACAACUUCAAAAUGAGAAGUUGGAACUUGAUCUUAUGGAGAGAAGAAUGCGGAUACAGGAACAUGACUCAACAUGA